AUGGCCACCCACGAGCUGAGCCAGGAGCAGCUGGACAGUAUAUACACGUUUGCAGUUGAUCUCGGUCGCAAGGCAGGCCAGCUUCUACUGGAGAGUGUCGAGAAGCGUAUUGGGGGCGGGGAGGGACAGCUGUUCGAGGAGAAGGAUAGUGCAGUGGACAUUGUGACUCAGACUGAUGAAGAUGUGGAAUCGUUUAUCAAAAACGCAAUUCACUCUAGAUAUCCUACCCAUAAAUUCAUCGGCGAAGAAACCUAUGCCAAAGGCCAAUCGCGGGAUUACCUGAUCGAUGAAUACCCAACAUGGUGCAUCGAUCCCCUGGAUGGAACGGUCAACUUCACGCAUAUCUUCCCCAUGUUCUGUGUCUCCAUAGCCUUCAUCGUCAACCAUCGCCCAGUAAUUGGAGUCAUCUAUGCCCCCUUCCAAGACCAACUAUUCUCAUCCUGUGUGAACCGCGGCGCCUGGCUGAACGAAAAGCGACGUCUCCCGCUUAUCCGCAACCCCACCAUCCCGCCCAUGCCCGCCAACGCCCCCGGGAAGUGUAUCCUGUCCUGCGAAUGGGGCAAGGAUCGUCGCGAUAUCCCCGACGGAAAUAUGUAUCGCAAGAUCGAGAGUUUCUUGAAUCUGGCGGCUGAGACGGGGAGUCGUGGAGGAAAGGGAGGGAUGGUCCACGGGGUGAGGAGCUUGGGGAGUGCCACUUUAGAUCUGGCCUAUACGGCCAUGGGGUCGUUUGAUAUUUGGUGGGAGGGGGGAUGCUGGGAGUGGGAUGUUGCUGCGGGCAUUGCCAUCCUUCUAGAAGCAGGCGGCCUUGUCACGACGGCCAAUCCUCCAGAGGAUCCGGACACAGCUCCCAUCCAAGAUGUUCGACUGGGCAGUCGAUUGUACCUGGCGAUCAGACCGGCUGGGCCGUCGGCGACCGAAAGCGGCCGUCAAACGCAAGAGCGCACGGUGCGUGAGGUGUGGAAGCGGGUACGACAGUUGGAAUAUGCACGACCAGGCGCAUGA